GCUAAUUCAAGAAACUGAAAUCUUUAUAUAAUAAGAAAUAUUCUGUAAUCUAUAUCUGACUGCGAUAUUUUAUAUGAAAGAAGAUUCGCCUUUCUACGAUACUUAGCUAGAAUUAAGUCUAGUGGCCGAUAAGCACUGAUAAGCUUCUAGCACUGUGUCCUUUUCUCAGAAUUCUCUGAGCCUUAAAACUCUUAAUAACCAUUACAAUUAAGUUCCUUUUAUUGAAAUAAUAAUCCUUUAACUUUUUAUCAAGGUAUUUAUAUAAAUAUUUCUAAUUAUCUUGAAUAAUUAGCCGAUAAAGAAAUAGCGGUGAUGCCUCGAAAAUCUAAACUUUGCUGCAAAUUCAAUAAAUUACCCUUUUCCACCUAUUUGGCCCUGACUAUCUGUUUUGCUGUGGCUAAAAAUGAUAACUUGUACCGAUUAAUCGACGAGAAUUUAGAAUGCGAUUCUCUUUCAAGAAUUGAAACUUUUUCAACUCAUUCCUUGUCGAAUUGUGCAACGGCUUGCAAGCUGAGAAAAGAAUGUGGUAUGUUUUCCGUUAACCAUGUUUAUAGCAAUAAAACUGCAAACAAACCGAAAAAGAACGUGAAGAUAACUUGUGCUCUGUGCAAAUCUAAUAACAUGACAUCUAUUGUGGAACAAAAGGGUUGGUCUACUUAUAUGGAGUGGUUGAAGGAAGUUCGAUUUCAUAUUCUCGAUACGGAUAAUAAAUCAUCAGCCCCAGACAUUACGCCACUGGAGACAUGGAAUAUAGAUUGCAAUGGACCAGAAAUAACAACAAAGAAGAAUGGAGUUAUCAUUGGCAUUUGGGAUGAUAAAGAUGGAUUUCGAGAUCUAGACAAAGUAAAGUGUUUCAACUGGGACGCAUCAGACUUAUUCAGCGAAAAGCCUUCAAGAUUACUUUAUAUUCAUCUCGAAGAUUACAGACAGUGUCCUAGAGAUUAUGUACUCACUGCUAUCACUGCCAACAAUGCGGCUUUUCGGAAUGUCGAUAAUGGAAAAUGCACUCCACUAGCUCCCCAGUUUCAUAUUGACUAUGAGCACUGUGUGACUAUACAUUCCGAGGGAAAAGACGGUGGUACGGUAGACAAGUGGAGACCUUGGACAGUGCAGUGCCCUACAGUCGGUCCUCAGGUGGCAGUGUCAUUACAUCGCAGGCGGCGCAUUCAUACUGGGCUCAAGUGUUGUACUUUAAAAGGAUUAACCCCAGAAUAAGUCUUUUUCAGAGAUAUUGUAGUCAAAAUUCAUUCUUAAAAGGAUAGGAUUCUUAAAGGGAUAAAGUAGUCAAAACUCAUUAUUAAAGGGCGUUAGUUUAAGAGAUAUGUAUUUGUAAAGAAUUCUUUUUCAAGAACAGUUAUUAAGUGGCUUACUAAAGAAGACAGCUUCUAUAGCAAUCUAUAGCAAUGUAAUAAAAAAAAAUUGAGUGACCAUGUUCCUCCUAACCUAAAGUCAAAUUAUUAGGUUUCUACUACAGCAAUGAUGUAUAAAAUGAUGCACAAUAUCUCAUUAUUGAAUAACAUUUUUAUAAGUGAUUUUUGAUUCAACAAUGUUUAAGCAUAAAAAUAUAUUCAAAUAAAUAACCACACUUUCUAAUUUAAAAAUUCAAACUUCAUACUGUUUGUUGCUUAAAAUACACAGAACAUUAAUUAUUAGAAAGGCAGCAGAACUAUUGCAAUUUAUUUAAACCGUAAAAAAGUUACAAAAUAUGAGUAGCUACAUAAUUAUGUACAGUUUAUAGCAAAAUGUUUAAUGCAUAGUAUUCUAUCCCCUUCAGAAAUUUAUCCAUCUGUACACAAAAAUGCAUCAUAUAGUAUUUUUUUGCAUGAUAAUACUUACAUAAACAUUACACCACAUAUCAUUAUUCAGUUUAUCUCUUGAACAUUGAUGACCAUUAUUUAGAAAUGAAAUUUUCAUUACUGUUGUAAUUUCCAGCCACAGAUCUAAAUACUCAUUUUUAUUAUGACAAUAAAAAUUUGAUUUUAAAUGAAUGGAUUUUUAAGCAUUGAUACAAUACUUCAAAAAUAAAAAUUAGACCAUUGAAAACAGAAGAUUAGCAUCAAAAUCACUUAUUUAUUUAUUUAUUUUGGUAGACUAAAAUUUAGCAAAUAUUUUACUCAGUUUUUUUUAAUUACAUUUCUUCUGCUCUAUUCAUUAAGUAUAAAAACAUAUCACAAACUAAUGAGAUAGCCCACUUAAAUUUUAAUAUUGACUUGAUUAUGGGUAAAUUAAAGCUAAUAGAAACAAGCUAAUAAAAACAGAAGUGACAAAAAAUUUAAAAAGGCAAUUAUGUCGAAAUUUCAGCAAUUAAAUCAUUUGCAUGGUUUAAAGAAAGGAGGAACAAAAUGCAUAUAUAUUUCACAUAAAGUAAUUCAUUAAAAUUAUGUUAUAUGUAUAUUUGCUAUUUUCAUAUUACAGACAGCGUUAGUUAUACUAAAAAAUAAGAAUAAACAUAAUUACAUACCAGAUGUAGUAAACUUUUAAAUAACAAGUGGUGUGACAUGUAAACAAAAAAAAUUCGAAUGCACUUUUAAGCAGUUAAACUCUGAAAACUAACAGUGGGAUAACAACAUAGAAAAAAAACAAUACUAUCUAUACAUUAGGGAAGAGAAAUAAAUUAGAAAUAAUUUCUUUCAUAUAUAUAUAUAUAUUGCUACAAACAUACCCUGACUCAAAUAUAUCCUCAUUAGAAUCACAUUAAGAUCUUAUUAUUUAACACUUAAAACUCCUCACACCUUCCAGGCAAACCAUAUUUUUUUUUCAAAUAUUCUAGUCAACAAUUAAAAACAAAGAAGAUUUGAAAAAUCUCUUUUACAGAACAAAAAAUCGUAUUUUGAACAUCUAAAAAAUUUAAACACACAUAUACAAUAAAUAAUUUGAUAAGGUUUUCUUGCAUUAAAAUGUAUGAAAUUUUAUUUUAAUCAAAAAUAAUUUAUGUCACAAAUAUACUUUGAUUCAAAUAUCAAAGUAUAUGAAGAAUUUACAUAAAAUAGUUAUAAGAUCUUUACACUUUAAAAAAACACUAAACAGAAUAAAAAUAAUCAUGCAUAUGAUAACAAUGAUCCAGACUUCAGCACAGAUUUCAAAGGAAUAUUCUAGUUAAAAAAUAUAUUUCAUAACAGUUAAUUGUAAUAUAUAUCUAUAUAUUGCUUGUGAUUAUUGUGCUAUAAUUACUUUUUAAAAAAUUAACCAUUAAAAGUUUAAAUGCACAAAUACAGUUAAGCACCAACUAUUUAACAUAUAGUUCUAUACACUAAAAUGAUUAUUAACUUCACAAAAAUAAAUAAACACAUAAUAAUACAACAUAAUUUUUCAAUCAAAACUUUUAACAAAAUAAGUAUUCAAUAUGCUCCCAUCACCAAUUUGAUAUCAAUUAUAAGCAAUUUCAAAAAAUAAAACGAACACAAUAGAGCUUUAAUAUUUUUUAAUAUAAUAAUGUGAUCAAAAACCAAUUACUGAUCAAUAGAUGAUCACAGUUAUCUAACUAGCAUUGAAUUUCCAACCGAAUUAAAAAAAAUUACAUACUUAAAAAUUAUUAGGAAACUUAUGCACAGAUGUACAGAAUUUAGAAUAAAUCUUUUAAUUCAAAACAAUAAAUGAUUUAAUAUGAGAUCUAAAGAGAUCAAUUUAAAAAGUUGUACAGAAAAUAAAUUUCUGAUUAAGUUUUUUCAUGCUUUUUGUAACAUUAAUAUAUGAAUGACAUGAAUACGGUUUGGAAAAUGAAACUGGGACAGAAUUAAUAUAAAUUUUGAUAUAAAUAUCACAAAUAUGUUUGUUUCUCUUCAAAUGCUUGUGUUUCUAGAAAGAAAUGAUGUGUUUUUGUCUACAUACUGUAUUUAUAUGUCCAGAGCACUGAGAGAGAAAUGCAACAUAUAGUUUAUAAAUAAACAACGGCAAUUAUGAUUCACGUAAAAAAAAUGUUGAAUGAUUCUCUAAAAAUUUAUACAUCUAAAUAGAAAAUUAAUUUCAUUCUCAGGAAAAAAAAAAAAAAAA